AUGAUAAUACUCGCAGCGAUGCUAACGAUUGGAAUCUCGGCCACCGUUUUCACUGCGGUGUUCACGGAAAAAAACAUCAGAUACCCAUUGAACCGAAUUCAGUUGUAUAUCAAAUCUUUUGAGCUGAUUGAUACAAUUGAGGCCAAGGAUUUCGAUCUUCAUUAUUGUUCGGGCGUGCUGACGACAGGAAUGAAUCAUUAUACCUCGAUGAAAUCCGCCAUCGUACAAUUGACGGUGUCGUUGAGGAAUUUUCCAGAAAGAAUAUUCAACUGUAUGAUCACGAGCUUCACAAUUUGCGUCAAUCUUCUUCUCGUGUUCGAGACCAUCUUCAGUAGUCGGCCGAUGAUGAACCCGGAAUGGAUGAUGAUCGACGUGCACAGCUCAACCCAGCGCUACAUUCGCGUUUUCAUCGCAUUUAAUUUCGUUCAACUUCUUCUAAUUUCCAUUGAGGUUUUUCUUAAUCGAUAA